AUGCAGACUCGGCCCGUCCAUCGUCGAGGGAAAGGCGGACAGCUGCAGAAGGAGCAGGAACCCGGUCAGAUGCCUCCAGCAUCCUCACCGUUCCGUCGUGUGGCGUGUCCCUUGUUCAUCGUGGGCUUACUUCUAAUAGCGGUAGCAUUUGGGUGUUCCUGUGUCUUUCUCUUCCAGGCGACAGAGAGAAUGGAGAUGGAAAAGUUGGAAUUGCAAAAGGAUGGCUUCACCAUCAAGAACGGGGAUGGAGACGUCCUCUUCAGGUUGACCUUUCGAUCCGGUGCCCUGGAUCUGGAGUCUUGCUCCCAGGACACAGCCACGUUGGCUUGUUCCAGGACAGAUAAAAGAAAGAUCCGUUUCCUGAUCAGAGCAAUUCAACCGAAGAGGACCGUGAGCUGCUACUCCAUCACCUGGGAAGAGUUUCUAGCGGACACGACGGUGGACCACAAAAUGUUCUGGGGAGAUGCCUCCUGGUAUGGAGGCUAUGAGAUGAGUGUCCAGCAUUGGCCGAUCAAGCUUCCAGGAUACCAGGAACCCAUGCCGUAUGUGACCAGCGACGUCUAUUCUUUUCGGAACAACUUCGGAGGUGUCCUGGAGAGAUAUUGGUUGUCCUCCAAAGCAGUAGCUAUCAAGAUCAACGACUCGGUUCCUUUCCACCUCGGCUUCAACGCCACGGAACCCUCUCUUGUUUUCCAAGCCAAGUACAAAGAUUCUCCCUAUGGUUCCUUGCUGGAGAAUCAAGCUUUCCCAAGGUUAUGUUACCAUAUCUGCACGGCUCCAGACAUGACUUCCACUCAUAAAUACAUGUCGCAGAAUUAUUUCAGGAGACCUUCUAAAGUUCCUUCAGAACAGAUGUUCAGGUUUCCUGUCUGGUCCACCUGGGCCCUUUACAAAAAGGAGAUCGAUCAAAAGAAAAUUCAGGAAUUCGCCCGAAUGAUCCUGAAACACGGAUUUAAAGCCAGCCAUAUUGAAAUCGACGAUAUGUACACGCAGAAUUACGGUGACUUUGACUUCGACGUCUUGAAGUUUCCUCGUGCAGAAGAGAUGUUUGAAAAGCUCAAGAAGGACGGGUUUAAUGUUACGGUGUGGAUCCACCCGUUUGUCCACGAGAAAUCACCAAACUUUAAGGAAGGAAUCGAGAAACGUUUUUUUGUCAUGCAACGAAACGAGACAUCCCCUGCCAUGGUGAAAUGGUGGAAUGGAAUUGGCGCCAUUUUGGAUUUCACUAACCCUUCAGUCAGAGAUUGGUUUCACAGCCACUUAAAGGAACUUGGCUUAAAAUAUGGCAUAUCCUCCUUCAAGUUUGAUGCUGGGGAGACAUGCUACCUUCCCAAAGGGUUCACCACCUUCUUCCAACCUCUUCUGGACCCCAGCACCUGGUCCAAGUAUUAUGCAGAAAUGGCCAGCCCCUUUUAUGAACUUGCAGAAGUUCGCGUGGGUUACCAGACCCAGCACAUCUCGUGUUUCAUUCGUAUUAUUGACAGGGAUUCAAUUUGGGGAUACGAGCUUGGGCUAAAAUCCAUAAUUCCCACAGUCCUAAGUAUUGGCCUUCUGGGAUACCAUUUCAUCCUACCGGAUAUGAUCGGUGGAAAUUUUAUUCCAGAUAAAACUGACGGCGCUAUGGAAAUCCCGGACCGGGAACUCUACAUCCAUUGGCUGGAGUUAUCCGCCUUCAUGCCCUCCAUGCAGUUCUCCAUCCCGCCUUGGCUCUACGAUAAGGAGGUCAUCGAAAUCGCCCUGAAGUUCACCAAGCUUCACGAGUCCUUGGUGGCCCCUCUCUUGCUGGAACUGGCCGGGGAGAUCACGACCACAGGGGAUCCCAUCAUACGGCCUAUCUGGUGGAUCGCUCCUGGGGAUGAAUCUGCCCACAAGAUCGAUUCCCAGUUUCUCAUCGGAGACACCUUGAUGGUGGCUCCGGUCUUGGAGAUGGGGAAACAGGAACGAGACAUCUACAUCCCGGCGGGCAAAUGGCGGAGUUAUAAAGGAGAGUUGUUUGAGAAGACUCCCACUUUGAUCACAGACUACCCCGUGGAUCUGGAUGAGGUGGCUUAUUUCUUUUCAGUUUCUUAA